CUGAAAGAAAAAGUCCUCCAGCUUUGGUGGCCUUCGCUGGGGACUGGCUCAGCUCCCCGAGGCCUUCAGGGCCCCCUUCGGAGGGACAGCGGGUGACUUCCGGAGCUGCCUCAGGGCCAGCGGGCAGCCCGAUCUUGGGCUGGGAACGGCUUGUCCCCUGAAAAUUCUGCCGUUUCUGAUGAAUGUCUGCCUUGUGCCCUGAAGUGGGGGUGGAGGACAAGCAACAAUGAAGAGGGUUCAGCCACUGGCCUCCAGCGCUUACAGCCUAGAUGCUGGGACCCUCAAACCCAACACGUUAUGUCUGUAGAGUGCUUGGGGCGGGGCACGCUCAUCACUGGCGGCUAAAGUGGCUGGAUGAGUCCCAUCUGGGCAGAUGCUGAGUGGAGACGGUGGUGCCAGCAAUGGCAGAGCUGGCAGCAGCACGAGCUCAAGCAUGGCAGGCGGGUAGGAGAAUAUUUACUGUACCUCCUUCCCCAAACCCACUGGACUCCAGGGCCAGCACCAACUAAUUCUGCAUUCCUACAGUGCGACAAAGAGGCACAGAUCGGCCUGCUCGAUCCCAAACUCUGCUACCUGUUGGAUGGGCUCCUCUUCAUCUACAGUGUCAUUGUCACUGCCCUGUUCCUGAGAGCGAAGUUCAGCCAGAGUGCCGACGCCUCCCCACACCAGCAGGGCCCCAACCAAGUCUACAACGAGCUCAAUCUAGGACGCAGAGAGGAGUAUGACGUUUUGGAUAAGAGACGCGGCCGUGACCCUGAGAUGGGAGGGAAACAGCAGAGGAGGAAGAACCCUCACGAGGUCGUGUACAAUGCGCUGCAAAAGGACAAGAUGGCAGAGGCCUACAGCGAGAUUGGCAUGAAAGCCGAGAACCAGCGCCGGCGAGGCAAGGGGCACGAUGGUCUUUACCAGGGGCUCAGCACGGCCACCAAGGACACCUACGAUGCCCUCCACAUGCAGACGCUGCCCCCUCGCUAGCACAGCAGUGCGGGGCUUCCACCCUUCACAGGCCAGACCUGCAGGCGCCCAGAUUGUCACAGACCCAGGGAAAAGCAUUUCCAACCCAGUUCGCCCAUAUUUGUCCACCAGCAAAGCAUUCCUCGUUAGGAGCAGGAGGCUUCACGUUGUACCAUUUGGUCCUAUGCAGCCCCAAACCGUCAUACACAGAACGUCCGGCCUGGGUGCUGUGAGGGAGUGCGACCCGGUCCUAUGACCCAGUCUUCUCCUCUCGGGGACCGCUGUGGGAGCCACUUGUCCUCGGUCUUUUGUUCGCUGGGGACGGUGGCUCUUACCCGGGAGGCAGGUACACCCCUCACAACCCACGGUGAAGACUGUGUUUUGUAAAGUCCCCAGGGGAACCCCAAAUGCCACCACCCACCUCAUCGUCUGUACUGUUCUGUCGGUAUUUGAGCAGCUGGGCUCCUGCUGUAAAUUUGGCUUCUGUCGUCAGCUGUCCCCUCAUUUCUCUGGAGCUUUUCAUUGGCCGAGGAGGCUGUCUCCUCUGGGCGGUCUGGGCAGCGGGAAGGUGGGCCGAGCCCGGCAGGUGUGUAGCAGUCAGGGGUUAAGCCGGUGUGGAGGCCCCGCCAGAGCCCGGGGCAGGACGCCCUCCUCACUCAGCAGCCCUUCCGCAGAAAGUCCGUGUGCCAGGUCCUCUGGGGCCUGCAAGACAAACCUGCCGGCUCCCCUCACGGGGCUCACAUCCUUAUAGGGGGAGCAAACUGUGAGCAAACCAGUACCAAAAACACAGAAAGGGUCAUCACAGAGCAUGAACCAAGGUGGGGGAGCGAGAGAAGGCAGCAAGGCACGCUCACCUCACACUGAGAGCAGGACACAGCCAUUGUCGUGAAGACCUUGAAGUUAGACCCUGGGCCUGGCAGGACCGAAAGGCCCAGCGGACGGACGGGAAUGCUGCAUGGCAUCGGAGGGCUCACGGCAUGGAUAGACGGGCCGCUCUGCUCUGCUUGGUUUUAAUUUAUACUGGUUUGCUGAGGCCUUACCUUUUGCAUAAUAAACGCUUUGGUGAAAAUGCUGCUUUA